AUGGAACCCAGCGGUUCGGAUGGGGUCGAUGUUCUGGCCAGCCGGGCGAACGGCCGCUUCGCAUCUUCUCGUGCUGGCAACACCCCCUCGCGACGGCCGAGCGUAUGGUCUGUCUCAAGAUCCAAAUCCAAGGACAAACAUGGAGCCUCCGGACGAGGCGACGCUGCCGAAUCCCGUCCUGUUAGCUCUGGGUCGUCCGACUCGAAGCACGCCUCACCCGCCAUUACAAGAAUUCCACGGCCAACCAAGCAGCAACGGUCCUUGCAAAAACGCACCCCAUACACCCUCACCGACGCCUACAAACAAGUCGAAGCCGAGGAGGCUGCUCAGAAUACCCCAAGUCCGGCCCCCCGGACGUGGCGUACCCGCAGUAGCUCUUCCACUAGAAACAAACUGCACAAGAACCCCCCCACAGCUUUCCAUCGACAGAUGUCCAGCUCAGGACGUGACGAACCGUUUAUGUCAGCCAGUAGCCCAGGCGCGCUUGUGCGUCCAAGCGAUGUUUCUGAUAGUGACAUAGACGAGAAGCUGCAUCAGCACGCCAUGGCCCAGGCAGAUGCAGAAAAGCCAGCGUCACGUGCCAACAGUAUCUUAUCACGGUCGAAAUUUAGGAGUUUCGCCGAGAUGGGUAAGGAUCUGGCUCGUAAGACGAGCCGGAGCAGCCUUGACUCUCGUAGUAACUGGCUUUCACGCCGCCUCUCGGGUGUCCGAAACGAUGCUAGCAGCGGCAUUUCGACACACGAAACUCCCAGCUGGGAACAGAUCGGUGACUCCGUUCUUCUUCAGGCAUCUACCGUCGCGCCGGCUGAGCCCGUCACAAGACCCGUCACGAUGCCGCCCAAUCACGGUGCCCACUGGAACAAGAACGCGGAAGAUGAUGUAGCCGCCGAUGAUACUCAGACUUUCGACGGCCUUUUCUCAAAUUUGGCCCGCAGCAAUUCCAAAAUUGACGAGAUCCGACUCCUGGAGAUGGAGGCAGCUUCCAUGUUUCCUGACGAUGAGCGAGGAUCCGCAACAGGGCCCAAUCAACUGACCAGGGGCCGCAAGUCGAGCCGUACGAACACCAAAAUUGAGGAGUUGCGCGCACGAGAGAGCAGAAGCCUGCUUCGAAAGGCCCCAAUCGUUUCGAAACUGGACGGCAUUAGCGAGUAUGAUCCAGAGUACCCGUCCCGACCCCCUUCAUCAGAGCUUGAUCGAAAACCGAGCAAAGAAUCUGCCCGGACGAGCACGUCCGGUGAGAGACUGCACAUAUCAGAUGAUCUAAGUAAACUCCCGGUACGCAGAAGCAUAUCGAGCGGCAGGAGCCACACACGAGAUGGAGACGGGCGAGUGACGCCAGAGGAAGCCCCUACACCGGCAUUUGACAUAGGGGCAUCCGCUCUCGUUCCUCACGGCCAGACUGACGCUCGUGACAACUUACUGAAAUCCGCUCAUGAUAAAGAGGGUCAGAACAAGGCUGGUACGGCUCAUCGUGAAUCACAUGGCGAUCGAAACUCGCAAGAAUCUCAUUGUCAGUCACAGAUAACUGGGGAUAAUCUACUGACAAAAGAGGCUCUCCCGAGGGGGGAGGACCAGUCUGUUGAUCAAGGUCGAGAAUUGAAAGGUGCAAUUAGGCAAAAGAAGCUGGACAGCGCUAAAAGCGAGGUCAGACUGAGUGUCGGUUUCACUGGACUACACAGGGAUCUAUCAGUUGAUACAGCCUCAAGCUGCAGGUCAAACCCAACGCAAUCGGAGUCCGAUCCCACGGAACGCAUCUACGGCGAAAUGAGCUUGUUUGCGCCGAUGGAAAAUCAAUCCGAAAGGGGCUCCCAGCGUGCAUUGUCUCCGGACUUCCAUGAAGACGAUGAAUAUGAAGCGCCUGGCCAGACGCCUAAACCGAAUAGAGCCGAAGUUGUGACACAAUCUCUCCCAACCGCGCGCGCCUCUACCGGGCCCGCAACCAUGGUCAAGAUUGAAGAUUUGGAGGAACCGUCACGGUUCGCGGUCAAACCUAUGGAUGAUUUUUCAGACACAGAAGUCGCCGGCGGUGGAAGCAUUCAAGGUCGUGACGGUGCCACGCAUAGCAAAGCCUCUUCGCGUGCCCGUGGUCGGAAACGAAGUAUGUCGCCUCGCAAGAUAAAGCACACUCUGUCCGCUAGGGGUGACAGAACGCUUGACCGUGCAUCAUUGGUCCGACCGCAUCGGCGCUCCAAAUCGCUUUCACAAUUACACCUUCCCUUGGUCAACUCGGCCAAUCCACCAACCGUGAAGGACGAUCUGUUUGAUAUCCAUCGAACCAACCAAAUUGAGGAUUCCACCCUGGAUGACCUAGCUGAUUUACUCGAAUCCAAGGAUAACGUCCGUGGUCCGGCCUAUUCGGCCAGCAUCGUACCCAGGGCUGGUGCCAGGAACGAAACCAUGGACGGGGACAAUGACAUCGAGGUUUACAAGAGAAUGAGUGAAUCGCUCAAGACAGGCCUACUCGGAAUCCGAACUGCGAAGCAGGGGAUUGAGCGCCUGGAAACAUCGGUUUUUCACGCUGAUGCAAGGGAUCCUAGUCACCAACACAUUGGAGAUGCCAGCUCAAUGUGUUCUGCCUGUCAGGAUGACUCCUCCGAUGGGCGUACCAAAGUGACUUAUGUUCACUUGCCGCUUCCCCAAUUGUAUCAGCGACAGCCCAAGUUCAAGUUCACCUUGCUUGGGCUCAUCCUCUUCCUUGUGUCGUUGUGGUACAUUGGAGAAUCAACCAUGUGCUCCAUGUACUGCAAAACUCAAUACUGCUAUCCUGGUAAGCCCUGUAACUGGUCCCCUGAUGAUCCGGUAUGGGGAUACUCUAUUCCGGUUAAGCUUGACCAAUUGGUUACAGGUGGGAGGGGGAAGGCUUUUGCCAACCAGGCUACGCUGGACAUUACGGACUGGAUCGCCGACAUGUGGGAUGCUGCCACUGGCGCUGACAUCACCAAGGUUGAUACGUCUCAUUACACCUGGGAGCAAAAGCGACGCCAUCGUAGAAGGCUCUUGAAGAAGGGGUUGGUUAGACCCUCCGGGGAACGAAAGCGUGGCAAAGCCAGACGCGCCAGCUAAGGUGUUGUGAUGAUAUCGGGAAGUAUAGA